AUGGGUCCAAAAGGAGGUCCAUGUGUUGAGAAGCUUCAGAAUGCCACUCUGACUGGAUGUUCAGGCCCUAAUGAACAACUUUCUGUUUUGAACUGUGUUCGGCUGUUGACUCGGUUUGUGCCGUACAUAUUUGAGGAUCCUGAUUGGAGAGGAUUCUUUUGGUCCACAGUUCCAGGACAAGAAGAGGAAAAUUUCCAUCUUGGAGAUGAAGAGGCUGCAGAAGCAAGGCCUCCUCUUGCACAAACACUGCUCAGUUCACUUGCAGAUCUUUGUUUUUGUCCUGAAUUUACUGUUCAUCCUCCCAAGAAGACUGGUCCAGAUCAGCCAGAAGAUCUGUCAUCUAUUGAUAGUUGUGAAUACAUCUGGGAAGCUGGUGUUGGAUUUGCAACAUCUCCACCAUCAAACCCACAGUUUGACUGCACCAGAACUGAGCUUCUCAAGCUGCUGUUGACUUGUUUUUCUGAAGCUAUGUACCUUCCUCCAACAGCUGAGAACCACUGUCGCCCAAAUAAAUGGCUUUCAUUUUUCUCCUCCUCUGGAAAUAGGCAUGCUCUUCCAAUAUUCACUUCUCUUUUAAACAUUGUGUGUUGUUACGAUCCUCUUGGAUAUGGAGUGCCAUACAACCACCUAAUGUUUGCAGAUUACCGUGAGCCACUGGUGGAGGUAGCUGCGCAGCUGCUUGUGGUUUUAUUGGACCAUGAAACAAUGCAGCAGGCUGCAGCCACAAUGAAUGGCACUGAUGCUGAGCACGCCUUUGAGGAGCCUCCAGUGGAUAACCUGUUCUGCAACUACUUGUCACGAAUACACAGAGAAGAGGAUUUUUAUUUCGUUCUUCAUGGUAUUGCAAAUUUGCUAAAUAACCCACUAAUUCAAACUUACCUUCCAAAUUCUUGCAAGAAGGUCAGUUUCCAUCAAGAAUUGCUUGUUCUUUUCUGGAAAAUGUGUGACCAAAACAAGAAAUUUUUGUUUUAUGUGCUGAAGAGCAGUGAUGUGCUGGAUAUCUUGGUUCCAAUACUUUUCCACUUAAAUGAUGCAAGAUCUGACCAAUCUCGACUAGGCUUGAUGCAUAUAGGAGUGUUCAUAUUGCUACUGUUAAGCGGAGAAAGAAAUUUUGGUGUCCGUCUCAAUAAGCCAUAUUCUGUCAGGGUUCCAAUGGAUAUCCCAGUCUUUACAGGGACGCAUGCUGACUUUCUAGUCAUUGUUUUCCAUAAAAUCAUAACAAAUGGCCAUCAGAGACUUCAGCCACUGUUUGAUUGUCUUUUAACAAUAAUUGUAAAUGUUUCUCCUUAUUUAAAAUCCUUAUCAAUGGUGGCUGCUAAUAAACUGCUUCAUCUCCUGGAGGCAUUUUCCACUCCUUGGUUCCUGUUCUCCAAUGCCACUAAUCACCACUUGGUAUUUUUCUUGUUGGAAAUCUUCAAUAAUAUCAUUCAAUACCAAUUUGAUGGAAAUUCCCAUUUGGUGUAUGCAAUUAUAAGAAAGAGGAAUAUCUUUCACCAAUUGGCAAAUCUUCCAACUGAUCCUGCGACCGUUCAAAAACCAAGAAGACGACUUACAUCACAGGGCUCUGAUAGGGAGGCCCAGGCCUCUAUUAGUGAAGGAGAAGAAAAGAAACCUGGAAAGAGCACUUCAGCAUCAGAGAACAUGCCUGAGAUGUCCGCCGAUAUGUCUGUAAAAGAGGUUCGUAAUCCUGCUAGUGAAUCAGAGUCCAGUGACGUAGAAGCGCGCUCUGUAGGAGACCCGACCCCGCCCAGUACCCCGGGAACAUCACGUACAGAGAGAAAGUCUAUUGGCCGAUCCGCUUCUGUUACAAGCUCAGGACCAUUUGUAGCAACACCAGAGUGGGUCCAGUCCUGGAAACAGAAGCUUCCUCUCCAGACGAUUAUGAGAAUGCUCCAAGUUCUUGUUCCCCAAGUGGAGAAGAUUUGCAUCGACAAGUUGUCUGUAAAAGAGGUUCGUAAUCCUGCUAGUGAGUCGGAGUCCAGUGAUGUAGAAGCGCGCUCCGUAGGAGACCCGACCCCGCCCAGUACCCCUGGAACAUCACGUACAGAGAGAAAGUCUAUUGGCCGAUCUGCUUCUGUUACAAGCUCAGGACCAUUUGUAGCAACACCAGAGUGGGUCCAGUCCUGGAAACAGAAGCUCCCCCUUCAGACAAUUAUGAGAAUGCUCCAAGUUCUUGUUCCCCAAGUGGAGAAGAUUUGCAUCGACAAAACUAUGGAGAGAUUCAUGAAACAUGCGGUGCGUGAAAUAUUCUUCGUGGAUGAGGUGCUUAGAGUUCAAAAGGAGCGGCAGAAACAAUGUUCAGCAGAGGUUAAUCGAUAUCUUUGUUUUUCCAGGAACAUUGAUCCUCCGAUCUGGUAUGACACGGAUGUCAAACUGUUUGAAAUUCAAAGAGUGUAGAAAGCCAGUCCGAAGCAGAACGGCGAGAGAAAUAAUAAACAUUUCCUGCCGUCGACGAAAAGACAAUGUUAUAAUCUUUCGUCAAGUAGCGGGAAUUAUUUUAUGUCAGGAACGGAUUCAUUUUACAAUUAAUUUGAGACCAUUGCGGUCACGCUUGAGGUUCCCUUGCGAGGUAAACUUGUUGUAUAAAGGUGCUCAUUGGUACAAAGUAUUCUGCAGAUUGUCUGUACGGAAUAUUUAUCAGUUUAAGCUGCAGAGUUACGUUACCAAGGUACUAAAUCGUGGAAUCCCCAUUUCUGUAACCCUUGAUUUUUCGAACCUCCUGAUAACUCGAACUAAACGUCGUUUCCCUCUCCUUCCUUGAACACUGUAAUUUUACCCGCGAUUGCUCGAACUACGCAAAUUUUGAAACCAAUUUACGUUUCCCUUGGAGAUUUGAAAAAUCGGGAUUUCUCUACAAUCUUUUCUGUGGUGGGUUGCCAUGCGGCGGAUGCCUGAAGCGUUGGGGCAGAAUUAAAUUAUGAGAGGAUGUUUUGUGGCCGUUAAUUUAACACAAGAUCUAACAGUUUUUUUUGGCCAUAUUGUUUGCCAAUCAGGUCUUAACUUUAAUUCUCCCGCUAGGUUCGCUGGUUAGCUCCUUUGGAGCAGAAGGGACGUUGAAAGUUUGAAUGGAUUGCCUCACGCGUUAUGUUGAAUGACAAUUAACUGUACAUAAUGAAUUUUAACGUAGAAUAGUUAGACAGCAUGUCUUGACUAAUAGGGUUAUCGGUUGUACAUGUAUCUUCAUUGUUUAGCCCGCCAAGGUAUUUAAUGAAAAAGAGGUUAAACCUUUAAAUUCUCCAAAAGGACGCAACAUAUUGCAAAAACAGUUAGAACGCGGGAACUUUCCGGGGGUUCUUUCUGCCCGUCAAGAAUGUAUGUAAUAGUAGAAAGGAACAUGCUUGCUCUAAUAAACAGGCGAAAUGUA